CAUUUCCCCCAUCUCUCCCUUUUACCUUCCUGGCUGUAGCACUGGCAGCACCCAGAAACAGAAACCAAAGGCUUCUCCAUACCUUCCUAGGAAAUUUGAAGCAGUGCUCGAGUGGCCACAAUCCCAGCAGAAUGAAAGAAGACAAUUAGGGUUCAUCCUUGAUAGAGUAAAAGGCGCCCCACCGGGAGAUGGGGCUGUACGGCUAACUGGUUACCAUCAGAAAACUGGUCAGGUGAUUGCCACCAAGGACUCGGGACUGAAUUACUGCACCGAUUCCAUGAGAUCCAAUAUUAAACAUGGCUACUUCGUGUUUGGAGAACAGGAGGAAACCUUCUGGGAUGUUGAGCCACAGCAGGACAUGAUCCUUAUUGCUCGCUUUUACCACUGGCCCAGUGGGAGGGUGGCACCCACCCCCUGGGACAAAGGAUUCAAGCCUCAACACCAGCCACUACUAAGGAGUGAUGAAUGGCUGGCUGCCUGGGCUGUGCUCAGACUGACCAAGAUGUAUGAAUCCCAUAAAGUGAUGGUUACAGGUGCAAUGAAGAAAGGGGAACCUGGGAUGCCUGUCUGGAACACAGGGACUCAUACACUGACUCUGUAUCAUGGCCCUGUGCCACCUGUUGUAGCUCUGUCAGUGAUGUCAAUGGAAGAGAAUCAUCAGGACUUCAAGAUAUAUGGUGAUGCUACUUUAAGACUGCACGUCUUCAGCACCCAGAAACCUGAGCAGCCUUUCCCACCAGAGUCACCACCUCCACUUGACCCAGCAAAAACCUGGCCUCAUGAAGCUUUUAUUCAUCAUUCCAGGGAGACCCUUCCUGUAGAGCCUUUCAGAGCUGGAGAUGGCUUUGAUCUAUACAUUGAUGGAGCCCGCUUCCUGCCUGAUGGUGUCACUGUUACCAGGGUCACUGCUCGCAUCUUCACCAGUGGUUUCAUGCAAAUUGGGCCAGACAUUUGCACUGGGAUUGACCUGAAUAGCAGCAUAUUUGAUCCACUUUACAACUACUCAGUUGAAAUCAGAGAGCCAGUGAUAGCGCCUUGUGCAACUCUUCUAUUAAAGGUUUAUUCCAUCAAUCGCUUAACCUCUGAGCUCAUCCAAAUCGGUUGGGCAGCUCUCAAUGUUUUUGUGCAAUGUGGAACACACACAGCCCCUGAACCAGAGGCCAAGGGGAUGCAGGUCUCCCUCAAUGAUGGUGCUCAUCAGCUCCGUAUUUUUCACAACAGUCCCUGCCCAGAUCAGCCCUUCUCUACCAGCUCUCUGACAUCAAUAGGACGGUAUGUGCCCUGUGCAACCCUGCUAGUGAGGCUUAUCAAGGCGCCUGUAAAUUCCAGCCAUAAAACUUUACAAAGAAGCAUGGUCCCUCAGACAAACUGGGCCAAAGUGGGCCUCUUUCAGUCCAGGCCUGACUAUUCUGAUGGUGUCUAUUAUUCAGACUCGGCCAAGCCUACUGCAGGAGAAAGUUGCUUCUAUGAAGCCAUGACCAACAGGUCUGUUGUUUCAGUGCGGGAAAUAGUUCACCAGCUUGAAGGUUCUAAGAGUUUAAGCACAGAUGAGGAGAUUGUCACCUGGAUCCAUCAGAAACUAACCCGGGUGCCAGGCAGCAGUCCACAGCCUUUCAGCCUCACCUAUGUCUCCAGAUACAUUCCCACCUACGGCAUCAAGUUUGCAUUGGACAGAGGCAUGAACUUACCAUGGUCUGGCUUGACAAUCGCCCAAUUCUGCUUCAAUCCACCUGGGGCAUGUUACUUUGGGGCGCAAUGGCUGAAGUAUGAUUACCCCAUCUUUGUUGAGGAGCUUGACAAAAACAGCUACCAGCAAUGGCCUGUGUGGCUUGAUGGCUUCAAGACCUGUCCCCACAGAGUUUACCAUGAAUAUACAGCCAUUAUUAUUCACCUGUACCAAGGUGUGGUGAAUCCUGCCCAAUGUGCCUCGGGUGAAAAAGAAUGCCAAGCAGCACAAAGAAGAGUCAUGCUAAAAGGGGAACAGUUACAUUACACUCAGAAAAGUGGGGCAUGGACAGCUCUUCAAGUGUUUUCCAGAGGUUACUGCAACACUGGCAUUUACCAACUGCCCUUAUACCAGGGGGCUCCCAGUCAGAUCAUCCUGGCUUCCUUAUCUGAAGGGAAAUGCAGCAGCAUUAUGAAGAGCAUGCUCCAAAAGAAAGAGAUCCAGUUGGUGCCAGGUGCAUCUGUGGUUGUGCGCAUAGCAGAUGGAAGAUGGGAUGAACUCAGAUAUACAUCAGGGAGUAUUGAUCAAUCUUAUCUGCCAGAGACAACAGAUCUGUACAAUAAGGAACCCUCUGGAAGAAAAAUUGCAGAAUUAAUGUUGCAGGAGACUUCAAGAAAACAGACAAAGUUAAAGGCACUGGAACAAAUUUAAUAAGAAGGAACAAGACAUCUUAGGCUACAUACUAGCUUACUCUACUGGCAAUCAUUGCAAGACUUUAUUAAGUUUAUGAAGAAUGUCCAUCCUGUAGCCUAAUACCUCAAGUGGCCACCUGUGUUUUAUUAGUGGUUAUGGUAAAGUAUAUUAAUGUGGCUGACAUCUUGGCAGUGAAUG